CCCCGGUCCCCCCACCCCAGCCUACCGCCGGGCCCCACGGCAGAGGCCGCGCUGGGAGCAGAGUCCGGCGGCCGCGUGCGGGGUGCGCGCGCUCCUUCCUCUCCGCGUCCGCCGCCCGCCCCUGCCGUGCCCCCAGGAUGUUGUCCAGCCUCAGCGAAUGGUUUUGGCAGGAGAGGCUGUGGCUGCCACCCAACAACACGUGGGCUGCCCUAGAAGACCGGGAUGGCCUGGUCUAUCCUCACGCCCGGGACUUGCUGGCAGCCCUGCCCGUGGCGCUGGUCCUGGUGGUCAUGCGCUUGGCCUUCGAGAGAUUUGUUGGCCUGCCCCUGGGCUGGCUGCUCGGUGUGCGUGAUCAGACCAGGAGGCCGGCGAAGCCCAAUGCCACUCUGGAGAAGUACUUCCUCACAGAAGGGUGGAAACCCAAGGAGCACCAGAUGGCCGUCCUCGCAGUCCAGUGUGGCCUCACGCUGCCACAGAUCCAGCGCUGGUUCCGGAGGCGCCGGAACCAGGACCGGCCCUCCCUGACCAAGAAGUUCUGCGAGGCCAGCUGGAGGUUCAGCUUCUACUUCUGCUCCUUCUUCGGAGGCUUGUCGGUCCUCUACCACGAGUCAUGGCUGUGGGCACCAGUCAUGUGCUGGGACAAUUACCCAAACCAGCCCCUGCAACCAGCCCUGUACUAUUGGUACCUCCUGGAGCUGAGUUUCUACGUCUCACUGCUGAUCACGCUGCCCUUUGAUGUCAGACGCAAGGAUUUCAAGGAGCAGGUGACACACCACUUCGUGACCAUCCUGCUGAUCUCGUUCUCCUACAGCUCAAACCUGCUGCGCAUCGGCUCCCUCGUGCUGCUGCUGCACGACGCCUCUGACUACCUCCUGGAGGCUGGCAAGAUGUUCAAUUACACACACUGGCGGAAAGUGUGCGACACCCUCUUCAUCAUCUUCUCCUUGGUCUUCUUCUAUACUCGCCUCGUGCUCUUCCCGACGCAGAUCCUCUACACCACCUACUACGAGUCCAUCGCCAAGGGGGGCCCGUUCUUUGGCUACUACUUCUUCAACGUCCUCCUGCUGAUGCUGCAGCUGCUGCACGUGUUCUGGUCCUGCCUCAUCCUCCGCAUGAUCUACAGCUUCAUGAAGAAAGGCCGGAUGGAGAAGGACGUGCGCAGCGACGUGGAGGAGUCCGAUUCGAGCGACGGGGAGGCGGUCCCAGAGCACCUGCCGCUGAAGAACGGCGCGGCUGCCAGGCCCGGGGCGACCCCGACCGACGGCCCUCGGAGCCGGACGGCUGGGCGGCUGGCCAAUGGGCACACGCCGGCCACAUAGCUCGCAGAGGCCCAGCCUUAAGGGCCGCCCCCAGUGCCCCAUAGCUGGGAUUUGGCUGGGGGCGGCUGGACUGGUGGCCCUGGGGCCAGCUCUGGAGACUGCGAUGGCCCUCCCCCCAGGG